AUGUCUUUCUUGAAGAAAUUCGAAGAGCUCAAGGCCAGCUUCUCGGAAAAGCCGCAACAAGGAGGCGAGCGUGGCUAUGGUGACCAGCCUCCAUACGGCCAGCAACCUCCGUAUGGACAACAGCAGCAGUACGGCCAGUCGCCGUAUGGACAGCAGCCUCCGUAUGGACAGCCUCCUUAUGGACAGCAGCCUCAGUAUGGCCAGCAACCACCAUAUGCUCAGCAACCACCGUAUGCCGCCCAGCAGCAGCCCUAUGGCCAGCCACAGUACGGUCCUCCACCACCACCACAAGGCCCUCCACCUCCUCUCCCAACCGGAUGGGCUCAGCAUUGGGACCAGGCACGCCAGCGUGCAUACCACGUCGAGCAGGCCACUGGACGUUCUCAGUGGGAAGCCCCAACCGCGGGUUUCGGAGGGUCUGACACUCGUGGCGACAGUGGCUCUUACUAUGCUGGAGGUGCAGCGAGUGCAGCUGGAAUUGCUGGGGCAUCCGGGGCGCCUGGGGCUGGAGGGUACAGUGCAUCUCCGUACGACAACACCAAAUAUGAGAAGGAGAAACAGAAGAAGAGUUCCAACACGGGAGCCAUGCUGGCAGCUGGUGCUGGUGGUCUUGCCCUAGGCGCUAUCGGUGCCGCUGUUAUUACACACGAAAUCGACGAACACGAGGAAGAAGAACGCGAAGAGGAACGUGAAGAGCGUCAGGGAGCGUCUGACGAUGGCGGAUUCGGGGAUGGUGACUAUGACGACUAA